AUGCUGGAGUUUCACCUUAGUGAUAUGAAAAACAGUUCGCUGAAAAUAAUUUCAAGUCCUACAGCGGAGCCUUUGGUCCCCGCAAAAAUUAUUUCUUCCAAACCCGUCGUGUCACCAGGUCCUGGGCAAUACGAUAUUCAAUCAACGAAAGCAGUGGAGAGCGUCAAGAAUCGACCCCCUUAUUGGAGUCUUUUCGGCCGUCCUGAGCAUCUUCCCAGAGAUGUACCAACAUGGGUGCAAACAACUAUGUCACAACGAGUGGCCUCGGGACCAGAUCCAGCCUCUUUGAAAUUAGCUAAUUUGUCGAGGACUGGCAAAAUAGUAUUGGGAAAUCGCGCGAAGCACUUCGGUGGAGUUUCUAAGAGGUUUACCAGUUUUGGAGGUUACCGCCACGUUGAAGGGUGCGGAAAAGACGCCACUCGGGAAGAGCCUUUGGAUUUCAAUUCGAUAUUUCGAAAGAAGGGUCAUCCAGUUUACUCGAGAUCUCCUAAGUGGUCUGUGAUGCCUCGAAAUGAGAAGGGCUCGAUAACUGAUGUUGGAAAUGGUGGUGGAGUGCUGGCCGUGCCCUUUCCCGGUCCGGGGACAUACGACUUAUCGGUGAAACCAAGAAGGUCGUUGAAUAGAUUUAGAUGCACUUUUGGAGGACGGCCGAGUAACCUCUCAGCGUUGACCACGAGCUGGACACCGGAAACGUAUUUAGUGCGGGAAGCUCGCCGAGGGCCGUAUACGGUACUUCGAAUUAUGGAGGGAAAUAUAUAA